AUGACCGCGCGAGAAAAGUACCCCGGGCUCCCCAAUUUGGUCAUGCACGAGGAGGACAGCCAGCCCCCGCGGCCCCUGAAGGAGCUACCGGACUGGGUGGAGAUGGAAGCAGCCUUCAUGGCCGCGCAGGACCCCCUGAACCCGUUCAACUACUUCAGGUUCACGGGGUCCGACAUCGGCGAGCCCGACGAGGACCUGGACGACCGCGCGGGCGACUUCGAGAUCCGUCUGCCCGGCAAUUUGCGCAGCGAGGUGUCGUUCGAGGACAUGAUGGCCGCCGACGCGCCGCGGCUGCGGAAAAUCCUCAACAUCAAGAGCGACCCGGAGCGACGCAAGCAGCUGAAGCUGUUCCUCAAGGAGCGCCUCUUCAUUCAGCCGAUCCCCCUCACGGAGCCGCGGGCGCCCCGGCGGCAGCUCAAGAUGGUCGUGCUUGCGCAGUCCAUGGUGACCAAGGUGACGAAGGGAGGCGGGGUGAUGCGCGCGCGCGUCCUGGUGGCGGUCGGCGACGGGUGCAACCGCGUCGGGCUGGCCGAGGCCAAGGCGAACCGCAUGCUCUCCGCGGUCGACAAGGCCUACCGCGCGGCCUCGCGCAACCUCGUGCGCGUACCGAAAUUCAUGCUGCAGACUAUCCGAGAGCCCGUGCGCGCAAAACAGACCGCGUCGAUCGUCGAGAUGUCGCCGGCGUACCAGGACCGCGGGCACCGGUGCAGCGAGACGAUCGGGAUGCUGUGCCGCCUCGCGGGCGUGAACAACGUCCGCGCCAAGGUGCACCGGUCGCAGAACAGGUUCAACUCUGCAAAGGCGGCCUUCAAGUGUCUGCAGAGGCUGUCAGACAGCUUCGAACAGGAGCUGAAGGCGUACUCGCCGGACCGGCGGGCCGCGCUGCUGGAGACGGCGUACAACCCGGAGCCCGCACCGAACCCGCGCGCGCCCGGUGGGGCGGGGGGGGAUGCGGAGUCAGGGCAGGGUCUUGUUGGGCGGGAGGACUGGAGUCACAUGUCGGAGCAUUUGCCCGGCGGAGCGGAGGGGCGCGCGGAGCCAGCCGAGCGCCUCGCGAGCCAGCUGAGCGCGUGA